AUCUCACGCCGGGAAAAAAAACUUCACCGUCUAAACUGUCAACAAAGUCCAUCAAAAAUGAAAAUAAAGAUUUUUUUUCGAACUAUUGAAGUAUUUUAGCUGAUGUCUAGUGUUUUGGAUGUAAAUGUGUAAAAUCAUAUGAAAAGAAAUGGUAGAUAAGAGCUUUUCGGCAUUACCUCGGUUCAUAAGCGAAGGCAUCCUUGGAAAUUUAGUUGGAAGUUCCCCACCCACAACCAACAAAUCGGUUGGUCCUGAUGGAAUAUCUAGAGGAUUCGAAUUGUUUGUUCAGUCAGUGCGCAAAGCAAGAAAUAAAUACGAUGAGGAGCAGAUUGUUAAAAAGGAAUUACAAACAUUGAAGGAAACUAUGGCAGAUUCAGUUAUAUCUAAGAUACCAAUGAGAGAUUACCUCUGUAGACUGGUAUAUGCUGAUAUGUUGGGGUAUGAUGUAUCAUUUGGUCAUGUGCCUGCUAUCAAACUGGUCACUGGCAACUCACUUGUUGACAGAAGAGUUGGAUAUUUGGCAUGCUGCCUUCUGUUGCACCGAGGUUCAGAGCUAACAAUACUUCUUACUUGUUCAAUACAGAAGGAUAUAACAAGUUCUAACAUCUUGGAUAACCUUAUGGGCAUGACAGCUUGUUGCCAGAUUUUACCUGUUGAUACAAUACCUUAUAUAUUACCGGCAGUCCUAGAUAAUCUCAGGCAUUCAAGAGAACUGGUGAGACAAAAGGCUGUGUUAUGUUUGUAUCAGUUCCAGUUACUUAUCCCUGAUUUACUUGAACAUAACCAGAGUGAUCUUGAGAAAAUGUUGUUUGAUAAAGAUCCAGGAGUGAUGGCAGCUGCAGUAUAUAUAGUUCAGAACAGUAUAGAGAGAGAUCCAACUAGGUGUAAAGGAUUUGGAGGAAGUCUUGUGUCCAUACUGAAACAGAUAUCUUCACACAAAAUGGCAACUAUGUUUGAAUUUCAAACAGUACCAUUUCCAUGGUUACAGAUACAGAUUCUCAGAUGUCUUGUUAAGCUGUCUGCUGUUGAUGAAAGCUUAGCUAAAAGCCUUGUGCCCUUGUUGAAAGAAGUUUUACAGAGAACAAGCAUAAAGGAAUCUAUUGCAUUUUCAAUACUAUAUGAGUGUAUACAGUGUAUUUUGUGUAUCAACCCACCAAAACAUCUGCUAGAUGAAGCAGCUGUACACAUAGGAAGGUUUUUGAUGUCCAGUAAUCCUAACUUGAAAUUUAUAGGUGUAAAGUUGCUGGUGGCAUUAGUGCGAGUGAACCCAGAAUACUCAGUGAAUUAUCAACAACUUAUUGUGCAAUCUCUGGAAAAUCCAGACUUCAAUGUUCAGAGAAAGAUGUACAAACUGUUAUAUGAGAUAGCCAAUGAAACAAAUGUUUCAGUUAUAUGUGCCAAAUUGUUGACCCAGUUACAGACAUCUGGUGAUAAAUUCUGGAGGUCGGAGGUCAUCACUAUGGUGAUAAGCCUUUUAGAAAGGUUUGAUGUGGACAGUCAGUGGCAAAUAGAAUCCCUGUUUUCAUGCUUACAGUCAGGACAUGAUAUUAUUACAGACAAUACUCUUAAUACUGUGAUGAAUAUGGUAGAAAAAAAGUUUUUGUUGCAUGGAGCUGAUCAGAGAAGUCAAAAGUUGUUAGUUCAGAAAUGUGUUGGUGUUCUAGUAAACAACAAUUCCCUGGGAGCUUCUCUGCAUGUAUCAACAUGGGUUUUAGGAGAGUUAUGUCCCUUAUUAAAGAAUAUGCCAGAUGACAAAGUGAUCUCCCUUUUCACACGUCAUCUGACAAAUGAAAAACUGACAUUUUCUGUACAGAGCAGUAAUGUAUCAGCAUUACAGAGUCUGGUGAUGAAAGGGAUUGUUAACUGUGAUACCAUGGCAGCCAAAAUAAAUGAAUGUUUGAACAAAGAGCUUCCUAUUGUGAUAAAACAGCGUCUGUCUGUGAUACUUGGUGUUUGUAAACAUGGUUUGACCCUCAGUAACCAUGACAUCAUUGAUACAACCUUGACCUUUCUAGAUGACCUUGUGACUGAUGACCUUGAACAGGGUGGAACCCCAUUUAUACCUCCACAUCUGAGAGGUGUUUCUUCAGAAACAGAAGCUGCCCCAAGUUUAUUUAGUGAUACCACAAAACAGGAAGAAACAUCUUCUAGUGGACGGCCUAGGACAGAAAGUACCACUUCAUCAGCAAAAACAACAGAAGAAAGAGAGAGUGGAUUGAAGUUACCAAAUGUAAAGAGAGUUUGGGGAAAACAAGGUAGACUUGACACUUCUGCCAAGGAAAAUAUCGGAGAGACUUCUUGUGCAAAUACAAAUGAUCAAACAGAAGAGGAGAAAAGACAGCAAGAACUUGCCUCAGCACUCUUUGGUGGAUUUCAGUCUACAAAGGAAGCUGACAACAACGAUGUUGAUAUGAAGGGUUUUUUCCCAAACUCUUCUGACACAGCAGGAUGGAGAACUCUUCAUUCUUCAGCAGUCAGAGUAAAUAUGACAGAACAAUCCACAGGCCUCCAGGAUAUGUGCAUUAGUGAAAGUUUUAAAAAAGAAUCAGAAAUGUCAAAGAAAUCCAGCACAACAGAUAACUUCAUCAGUUUAGGUAACCACAGCAACUGUCAGACAGAUCUGCUGGGUACAGAGCAUGUUAGUAUUUUUGGUGGAAAUGAAACUCUUGAAGACAAUAAAGAAUCUUUCAAGCAUGAAAAUACUUUGGGGAAAGACCUUCAUAACUCUCUUGAAAUUACAGAUGUUCUAGAUGAUGGGGUAACAGAAAAGUCUACAGAUAAUGAUUUAGACCAGGCCAUUUCUGCUUUACUAGAUAACUGCGGUAUUGAAAGUGAACAAAUACAUGUAGGCAGGGCUGAAAAUUCCCUUGUGCAGAUAGAUUCAGUGACAUUUUCAGAACAGUUUACGAGUGAAAAUGCAGGUAGUGGUUACAGUGAGCUGGGAAUAGAGAAUGAAACUAAUUCUGCAGGUCAUACGUACACAGAGUUUGAAGAUGGUAACUUGGAACUGAAAACAGUGAAUUCUAUUUAUCAAGACGACACUGUGAAAGAGAAGGAUCAAUUAUUGUUAGAUGGUGGUAGAAACAACUCCGUUUAUUCUUUGGAUAGUUGAUGUUGUAAAACAGUAAAUCAGUACCAGAUAGAAGAUAAAUGUUAUCAAAAUUGCUUUCAUCAAAUGAACACCAGAUGCAAUAACUGUAUUUUUUUGAACAUUGUCAAAAUUCAGUGGUCAUAAUAUAUAUUUCAAUGGCUCAUGUCUUGUUAAUGUUUUAACCAAAUUUUACCUAUUCAGUAUUGCACACAAUGUCAUGUAGUCACUAUCUAGGAAAUUGUUAGAAAAGUUCUGCAAUGUUUCCUAGAUUUCUUUUACAUUGUAAUAUGGUGGGAUGUAUGCAUUGGGUAUUUAUAUUUUUAUUGAAGUGACUGAAAAGUAUUGAUGGUAAUUUAUAAUUCAGUUCUUCAGGGUUCAGGUGCAGUUCAGUACCACUAAAAUUUUAUAAUAAUCCCACUGUAACAGGAAAAUUUUCAAAAUGGAUAUCUGUAAACAUUUUUGACUAAAUGGAGCACUCAAUUUCAAAAGAACAACUCAGAAUUUUUUCGCAAACCAAAUUCCUUAUUCGUAAGGUCUUUAAGGGUGGAUUUUUACAGGUUUUUUUGCAUUGUUGACAGAAAUUCUACAAAUUCCCUACGUAUUACAAGUAUUUUGUUGAAAGCUGUCGGACAGUUAAAAAUGUUAUACAUUGUAUAAUAAAGAUAUAUAAUUUCA